AUCACAAACCCUAACACAAAUAUAUCUUUCUAGGGUUUCUAGGGUUUUGAAACCUUUGUGUAUACCGUGAUUUUACUACGAUCGAGACGACAAGAUGCCGGCCGGACAUGGAUUGAGAUCGAGAACCAGAGAUCUGUUCGCAAGAGGAUUCAGGAAGAAAGGUACGAUUCAUCUAUCAACCUAUCUCAGAACCUAUCACGUCGGCGAUUAUGUCGAUAUCAAGGUUAAUGGAGCCGUGCACAAAGGUAUGCCUCACAAGUUCUACCAUGGUCGCACCGGUCAGGUCUGGAACGUCACCAAACGCGCCAUUGGUGUUGAAAUGAAUAAGCAGGUUGGUAACAGAAUCAUCAAGAAAAGGAUCCAUGUUCGAAUCGAGCAUGUGAUGCCAUCAAGGUGCACCGAAGAGUUUAAGCAACGGGUUAAAAAGAACGAUCAACUGAAAGCCGAAGCCAAGGCUAAGGGUGUGGUGAUUAGUACCAAAAGGCAACCUUUGGGACCCAAACCCGGUUUUAUGGUUGAAGGUACCACUCUAGAGACCGUUACUCCCAUUCCGUAUGAUGUCGUCAACGAUCUCAAAGGUGGAUACUAGGUUAAAGAGAGCUUGUCUGUGGCUGUGUUCAUCUUUUUUGCUACAUUUGGAGACACUAUUACCGUUUGUUUUGUUUGUCCUAUUUUUUAUAGAUGUUUUGUUUUAAAAAAUUUCAAGAUCUCUACUAUUUGGAAUGAGUUAUAUUUACCAAAUUUAUAUGGGCAUGUAACAAAUAUAUUUGCUGUGUAAGAGUAAGGUGUUCUUCGAGUUC